AGAACUUCGUUUUCUAACAAUAGUGAAUUUCUAUAAAAAUGUUGAUUCAGUUCCUCGUUCUAUUCUUGGGACUAAUCGGAGAUUCUGAAGUUAGAACUGAGUCUGGAUUCAAACUUUGGUCUGAAGGUCCAAAUUUUGAUACAGAUCUACCGCAAGAUGUGACCGGGGUUACUGGAGAAACAGCUUAUCUUAGCUGCAGAGUUUUUGAUAGAGAAAAUAAAACGAUAUCCUGGAUACGACACUCUGAUCUACAUAUCCUCACAGUGGGUCGAUACACCUAUACAGCUGAUCUACGCUAUCAAUCUAUCUACAAUCCAUCUACUGACGAAUGGAUUCUUCAGAUCAAGUUCUUGAAAGAGGAGGACAGUGGUAUGUACGAAUGCCAGGGAGUUCAAAUAUUUAAAGUUAUUUUUAUUCUAAAAAAAGCAAGUUUUGUCCCCGAUUGGGGUUGCACUUUAUAUUUUACCAAUGGAGAAACUGUUGACAGUGUCCGGGAAAGAANCUACUAUACGAAGUAG